CUCUUAGAUUGCAUGCGUUUGUUAUGGUUGGAUAUCCACAAAUUGUUAAGGGUAAUCCAGGCAAAUACUAUAAUAGUAUAUGUUUCGUUGGUCGAAAUGGUGAUCUUAUCGAAACUUAUCAAAAAACUCAUUUAUUCAUGACUGAUGAAAAUUGGGCUGAAGAAGGCCCUGGAUUUAAAUCUAUAAAUGUGCCUGAGUUGGGAAAGGUCGGUUUCGGUAUCUGCAUGGAUCUUAACUCGUAUAAGUACCAGACUCCAUUUACUACCUUUGAAUUCGCACGUUUUCAUCUUCGUCAACAAAGUGACAUUAUACUAUGUUCAAUGGCAUGGUUGUCUGGUGGAAAUCCUGUUGAUUAUUGGUGUCAACGAUUACUACCAUUAUACAACGAUACGUAUGUGAAUGACGAAGAUCUACAAAAUCUAGAUGCUACUAGAAAUCGUAAUAUUUUAUUUGUUGCAUCUAAUCGAACUGGGUUCGAAAAUGGUUCGACUUUCUGUGGAAAUAGCUGUGUGAUUUCUAUUUCACCACAAAAGCAAAUUCGUCCAUUGCGUUUAUUAAAUGAUCACGAAGAAACUGUUAUGGUUGUUGACGUUUCACAUUUACUUUGA